UAGUCUGUUAAAUAAAGAAAACAUUCGUAAAAGGGCAGUACCAGCGAAGUGAGAGAAAGAGACAGAAAAGCAGAGAGAGAGAGAGAGAGAAGGCGAGCGGGCGAGGAGCUCGUGGUUGUUGUCGUCGUCGUAGUAUCGGCGUUUCGUUGUCUCUGAGGCUGCUUGGAUUCGUAUUCGGAAAUGUUGGAUCAGUGCCCGUUGGGCUGGAUCUUGGCCUCGGUUUUGGGCCUCUUCGUGCUCUGCAAUCUGAUCGUCAAGAACAGGAACAGCAAAGCUUCCCUGGAGAAGAGAAGCGAGUGCGUGAAGAGCAUCGCCACCACAAAUGGAGAAUGCAGAUCCAAAAGUGACGACGUCGACGUAAUCAUCGUAGGUGCCGGCGUCGCCGGCUCCGCUCUUGCUCAUACUCUAGGCAAGGAUGGACGUCGAUUGCAUGUGAUCGAAAGAGACUUAACAGAGCCGGACCGAAUUGUUGGUGAAUUAUUACAACCAGGGGGCUACCUCAAAUUAAUUGAGUUAGGACUUCAAGAUUGUGUGGAGGAAAUUGAUGCUCAGAGGGUGUUUGGUUAUGCUCUUUUCAAGGAUGGGAAAGACACUCGACUCUCUUAUCCCUUGGAGAAAUUUCAUUCAGAUGUGUCUGGAAGGAGCUUUCAUAAUGGACGCUUCAUACAGAGGAUGAGGGAGAAGUCAGCAUCUCUGCCAAAUGUACGAUUGGAGCAAGGAACAGUUACUUCACUGCUUGAAGAAAAAGGGACAAUCAAAGGUGUGCAAUACAAGACAAAAACUGGCCAAGAACUGACAGCAUUUGCACCGCUAACUAUUGUUUGUGAUGGCUGUUUCUCAAACUUGCGUCGUUCCCUUUGCAAUCCUAAGGUAGAUGUGCCAUCUUGUUUUGUUGGUUUAGUUCUGGAAAAUUGUGAACUUCCAUAUGCAAACCAUGGACAUGUUAUAUUAGCAGAUCCUUCCCCCAUUUUGUUUUAUCCUAUCAGUAGUACAGAAGUUCGCUGUUUGGUUGAUGUACCUGGACAGAAGGUUCCGUCUAUUUCAAAUGGUGAAAUGGCAAAAUAUUUGAAGUCGGUGGUGGCUCCUCAGAUCCCCCCUCAAAUAUAUGAUGCCUUCAUAGCUGCAGUUGACAAGGGUAACAUAAGGACAAUGCCAAACAGAAGUAUGCCUGCUUCUCCAUUUCCUACUCCUGGAGCGCUAUUAAUGGGUGAUGCAUUCAACAUGCGCCAUCCUCUAACUGGGGGAGGAAUGACAGUGGCACUUUCUGAUAUUGUUGUGCUGCGUGACCUUCUCAAGCCUUUAGGUGACCUGAAUGAUGCAGCUACACUUUGCAAAUAUCUUGAAUCCUUCUACACUUUGCGUAAGCCUGUGGCAUCGACCAUCAACACAUUGGCUGGAGCUCUUUACAAGGUCUUUUGUGCUUCACCUGACCAAGCAAGGAAGGAAAUGCGCCAGGCUUGCUUCGAUUAUUUAAGUCUUGGAGGCAUAUUCUCAACGGGACCUGUCUCUCUGCUUUCAGGAUUGAACCCUCGGCCAUUGAGCUUGGUUCUCCAUUUCUUUGCUGUUGCAAUAUAUGGUGUUGGUCGGCUGUUGCUGCCAUUCCCAUCGCCUAAACGCAUCUGGAUUGGAGCCAGAUUGAUUUCGGGUGCAUCAGGAAUAAUCUUUCCCAUUAUCAAGGCAGAAGGAGUUAGACAGAUGUUCUUCCCUGCAACUGUUCCAGCGUAUUACAGGGCAGCACCUGUUGAGUGAGUUGUAUUAUAGAUGACAAAAUGUGAAAAACCAAAAAUCAAGGUCUGCUGGCAGGACAUGAUUGGGUUUGUACCAUCAGCCAUCCCUCGUUCAAAGUCCAAGGGAAAGCUGAAUGCGUCAAUAGAAAAAUGUGCAUUAAUAGAUAUUUUGGUUUCUAGGAAUUUUUCUUCUGUAGUGUGUUCAUAACUUUAUUUUUUAUUCAUAUUUUUUUAAUCCUAAGUUUGGUACUCUCUCUGAGUUAUUUCAUUGGUUAUCUGUUGUAAUUUCUCUAUUAUUUGACAUUUAUUUAGCAUCUAUUUGUGGCCCACGA